AUGAAGCCAUGCAUGUUUUUCAAUAGUCCAAGGGGUUGCAGGAAUGGAGAAAACUGUACAUUUCUGCAUGAUAUAUCAUCCCAGCAGAGAGUCACUAAUAAUCCAGAGGAAAGCCCGCAAGGCCAGGUCCAGGUCAAGCGCCGAACGAGAGUCACCAUUACUUUCGUUAAUGGCGUCGAAGAGACCUUCAAUGCCAUCUCUAUCCCCGCCCAGACCAUCCGUAGCUUGAUUCUCACUCGUGAGACGGAGCAGAUGUUUGGCGAAGCUGGUGAGCAGUGGCCUGUUGUUAUACAUAAAGAAGAGUACCACUUACCUUUCCUUGAAUUCAAGUGGAAGAGAAGAAGCAGUAACUGCAAUUCAUCAAAUCCAGCAUUCUGGAAUCAGCUUGAUGACCAUAAAUCAAUGCCAUGCAAUGAGUUAAUUGGUAAGGGUUUACAUGCAGAUGCAAUUUAA